AUGGAUCAAUAUUCAAAUUACGGGGGUCAACAGGAUCCUUCAUCUACGGGCUACAAUUAUCAGUCAUAUAACGAUGCCUAUAGUCAAAGUGGAUAUACAGCAUCAACAAAUACAUCAGAAUAUUAUUAUGGGAAUAAUAAUACCCCAGCUGGAGGUAAUGGGAACGAUAGCAAUGGUACAAAUUCUCAACCAGCGGCGCCUCCGUCGGCAUCAUCGCAAGGGUAUUCUUCUCGAGAUGGUUAUGAAGUAAAUGGGUAUUCCUCUGGUUAUAAUUACGGAAAUUAUUCUACGCCAGCAACUCCAGGAAACUAUCAAGCAGGCCCAGGCUCAUCAGGCGGUUCUACAACUCAACAAUACAAUGGAACAAAUAAAACAGGCUAUGCAGAUCGUGAUAACGAUUAUGGAGAUGGCCCUGGCUAUAGCGGCAAUAAAAAUCCAUAUGAUGGCUAUGGUGGUAACUACAAGUCUCGUGAAAAUAGUCGAGAAGGUGGUUAUGGUCCACCGUCCAAAGAUGGCGCUGGAUAUGAUAAUUAUGGGAACCGUCCUAAAGACGGUUCAGCAGUUCAAACGAGCACCGAUACUGUUUAUAUUUCAAAUUUAAGCAAGGAUGUCACUGAAGAGAAAUUGGCAGAUUACUUCGGUGGUCUUGGAAUGUUAAAAAUUGAUAAGAAGACACAAAAGCCAAAAAUAUGGAUUUAUUACGACAAAGCAUCUGGCCUUCCCAAAGGAGAUGCCACUUUAACAUAUGAAGACCCGGACUCAACCGCUGCAGCAAUCAAAUAUUUUGAUAAUCAACCAUUCCUUGGCCAGGUCAUAAAAGUCGAAAUGUCAGUACGUAAAAUCGCUUCCACAGGAGGUUUUAGAGGUCGCAGCAGAGGUAGAGGACGCGGCGGAUUUUCUGGUGGUAGAGGUGGUCGUGGAGGUCCGCCUCCACGCGAAGGUGAUUGGGUGUGCGACUCUUGUAAAGCCAAUAAUUUCGCUAGAAGAAUGGAGUGUUAUAAAUGCCAUACACCUCGUGCUGGUGCACCUGGAGAUGGAGGUGGUUAUGGCAGUCGAUAUUCCGGAUCACCAAGAGGUGGGUAUAGGGGUCGUCGUGGUGGAGGUCCUUCAUAUGGUGGUAGUAGAUAUGGCGAUGAUGAUAGAGGUUACGGAGGUGGGAUAACUCUAGAUAUCGUCCUUAUUAAGAGAUCUUUGGAAAAAGCUAUGAGGAAACUAGCUUUCACGUCUUCACCUUU